UUGUAACGUGUAACGAUGAUAUUUAUUCAAUCAAUUGCAUGCUAUCUAACACAAUUUACACAACACAGCCAUUCGACUUCUGUAAUAAAAAGAAAAAUAUCGGAGAGAGAUUUUCCAUUUUUCUCGGAAAUUAAUAUCGACGAUCAACAAUCUAGUGCGAAGACGAUCCUGAGAGUUUUUUUUUUAAAUCUAUUUGUGAUGGCGGAUAUUUGUUACGACGACGAACCGUCAUGGUCUAACCGGAGGAGGAGGAUCGGAGUCCACCGAUGCAGGAUAUCUCCGUCAGAGAUGCAACAGACGGCGGUGGAAGAUUCGGAAGGUGUUUAUAAGCGUAAUAAACAGGAGGAGAACGAUAUUAUGAACUGUGCAUCAUCACCUUCUCGCAGCUCACCUGACUCAGAAGCGGAGGAGAGUGUAUUACUUGAUGUGGAGAUCACUAGAGAUGACGUUGACGCCGGUGAAGAUUCAUCGGUUAUCCCGUCUAAGAAAACUGCGAGAGAGACGGAUCCGAGGCCUAGAUACGGCGCCGCAUCGGUGUGCGGUAGGAGAAGAGAUAUGGAGGAUGCGGUUGCGAUUCAUCCAUCGUUUGUUCGGAAGCAAACGGAGUUUUCUCGAGCAAAGUGGCAUUAUUUUGGCGUUUACGACGGACACGGCUGCUCUCAUGUCGCGACGAGAUGUAAAGAGAGGCUUCACGAGAUAGUGCAGGAGGAAGCUCUCUCCGAUAGGAAAGAAGAGUGGAAGAAGAUGAUGGAGCGUAGCUUCACGCGCAUGGACAAUGAGGUUGUACGUUGGGGCGAAACCGUGAUGAGCGCUAACUGCAGGUGCGAGCUUCAGACGCCAGACUGCGACGCCGUCGGAUCCACCGCUGUUGUCUCCGUCAUUACCCCCGAGAAGAUCAUCGUAGCGAAUUGCGGCGAUUCUAGAGCAGUUCUCUGUCGGAAUGGAAAGCCAGUUCCUCUAUCCACAGAUCACAAGCCGGAUCGUCCAGACGAGCUUUAUCGAAUCGAGGAAGCAGGAGGUCGAGUAAUAUAUUGGGAUGGUCCUAGAGUCUUGGGCGUUUUAGCCAUGUCACGAGCCAUCGGAGACAACUACUUGAAACCUUACGUGAGUUCGGAGCCGGAAGUUACCGUGACUGAUCGGACGGAGGAAGAUGAGUUUCUGAUUCUAGCUAGUGACGGAUUAUGGGACGUAGUGACGAACGAGGCGGCGUGUGCGAUGGUGCACAUGUAUCUAAGCAAAAGAGGUGGCCGUGGAGGUGGAAGGCGGCGAGAAACCAAGGAAUGUGGUGAAGGGAAAGAGGAGGAGGAGAAGGUGGUGGUGGGGUCAAAGAAGAGCGGGAAGAAAGGAGAGAUCUCGGACAGAGCAUGUACGGAGGCGUCAGUGUUGUUGACGAAGCUGGCGUUGGCUAAGCAUAGCAGUGACAACGUAAGCGUCGUCGUCAUUGAUCUCAGAAGAAGAAAAAAGAGACACGUUGCUUGACACUAAUCUCAUCACUCCACCGUCUUUUUUUCUUUAAAUAUGAUUCUUUUGUUUUUUUUUCUUGUGUGUGGAGGUUUCACUGGGACGAAGUCAUCUCAGCAGAUGAUCUCCCAACCCUAAAGGAAAAAAACAUUAGUUGAAAAAAAAAUAUCUCGGUUUAUCGAAACCGGUUAAACCGGGGUAUGGUUGGGGUUUUUUUUUUUUUUUUCUGGACCAUUGUUUUUGCCUUUUGCGUUGUGUGUAAUGGACAAACAAAAAAGGAAGACGGGUUAUGUGUCACCGUCUGGAUGGAAUGAGUUCAGAAUUCAAUAAAUGAAAAGCAUGUACAUA